AACAGGUGGGUCUAUAUCUACACAUUCGGCUCAUCCUCUACUUGCAAAGACUCCCGGUAAAAGAAACACACAGAGAUCAUGAGAAUCUAUCCAGACAUGAAGAUGUUGGCAGCUGUGGUUGUUUUAUUCCUGGCGGCCGGCUUGAGUGACAGCGUGAUUCUGACUAAAUGUGGGCUGAAGCAGCAGCUUCAAACAGGCCUUACACUGCCUCCGAAUACGACCGACCUCCUGGCACAGAUCGUGUGUCAUGUCCAGCUGACCUCUAACUUCAAUACCAGCGCCAUUAAGACGAUCAUUGAGCCAGAACAGCCACAUGAAAGUCACGGUUCUCGCAAGGGCAGGUCUGCCAAGAAAGGCCGCCCCUCCACUAAAGUCACCCCUAAACCACACUUGGAAAGUGGUGAGGACAAAAAUGAGUUCUGGACCCUGUAUGGCUUGUUCCAGCUCAGUGACCAUGUGGUGUGCAACUCCACUCGACGUCAUUCACUGAACCUCUGCGGACUGACCUGCGACAAGCUGCUUGACGAUAACAUCAGUGAUGAUGUGGCCUGUGUUCAGGUCCUUAUAAAUAAAAUGACUGCAGUGAUUCCUGACCCCGAAACUGCUAAACACAUCCAUAAAAUGAUCUCGUUGAUCUACCAGCCAGAGUGUGCCAAUGCAAAGGCCUCGGUUUACUUCGCUGACUGUCAACAACCCUGAGUUUUAGACCUCUUGAUCUGAAUCCUGAACCUUGACAUGCCCUGCUUUACUGCAUUUAUAUUCUUAGCUUUAGACAACACAUCUUAUUCUGUACGAGUCAUUAAAGCCUUUUGAAACGCA